AUGGGCACUCGGCUGUUCUGACGUGGUUAUUCCCUCAGGAUCCCUGGGAGUUUGAAGACAGAAGGGAAAAGGGAGAAGCCCGCAGAGAGCAUCAAAGGUUGAGGGUUGCUAUAAAAGGAACAGGGGAGUCCUUUGAAAAGAAUUUACCAUGCACUGAAAUGCGUUCUGGAGAAGGUGCCAUUAUUUUCCUCCCCUUUUACUCAGAUGAAAGGAGCCAGCAAGGACAGUCCUGAAGUAUUCCUCAGGGGCCUUUUUGUCAUUGUUCCUCUUUCCCCUGCACACGGCUGUUUGCUGACCUUUCCAGAGGAAUCUCAGUCCCCCCAGUUCCAGCUGAGAAGACAGUUCUUAAUAAUAAUAAUAACAAUCCUGCUGUUUGAAUGGGAGGUGUAGUUUGCUUGCUGCGAUCCUUUUUGCUGUGACUUUCCGAGAUGUCUGCAGAAACUUAAAAAAUACCUUAGAAACUCCCUGGAUUAGGCAAGAGAAGAGGAAGUUAUUGCCAAAAAAGAGUAAAUGAGAGGUGAUGAUCUUUCCCUAACUCAGGACCUGGACGAUCAAACCUUUGAGUUCUAGGAAUCAGCGCUUCAGCCUAACAAAUAAACAAAUAUGAGAAGGAGUGGCUGUGGGGUAUUGCAUGGAGCCAGGUUGUAAAGAAAGCCUGAAACUGGUUCACAACUUUGGGUCUGUAUGAUGCCUGAAGACCGAAAUACUGGGGGACGCCCCCCAGGUGCCUUAGCAUCAAGUCCUUUCAUCCCCAAAACUACAUACAGAAGAAUCAAACGGUGUUUUAGUUUUCGAAAAGGUAUUUUUGGACAGAAACUGGAAGACACUGUCCGUUACGAGAAGAGAUAUGGGAACCGCCUGGCUCCAAUGUUGGUGGAGCAGUGCGUGGACUUUAUCCGGCAAAGGGGGCUGAAAGAAGAGGGUCUCUUUCGACUGCCAGGCCAGGCUAAUCUUGUUAAGGAGCUCCAGGAUGCCUUUGACUGUGGAGAAAAGCCGUCAUUUGACAGCAACACAGAUGUACACACAGUGGCAUCACUUCUUAAACUGUAUCUCCGGGAACUUCCAGAACCUGUUAUUCCUUAUGCAAAGUAUGAAGAUUUUUUGUCUUGUGCCAAACUGCUCAGCAAAGAUGAAGAAGCUGGUGUUAAGGAAUUAGCAAAGCAGGUGAAGAGCUUGCCAGUGGUCAAUUACAACCUCCUCAAGUAUAUUUGCAGGUUCUUGGAUGAAGUACAAUCCUAUUCAGGAGUUAACAAAAUGAGUGUGCAGAACUUGGCAACUGUCUUUGGCCCUAAUAUCCUACGCCCGAAAGUGGAAGAUCCUUUGACCAUCAUGGAGGGCACUGUGGUGGUACAACAGUUGAUGUCAAUGAUGAUUAGCAAACAUGAUCGCCUCUUCCCCAAAGAUGCAGAACUACAAAGCAAGCCCCAAGAUGGAGUGAGCAACAACAACAAUGAAAUUCAGAAGAAAGCAACCAUGGGUCAGUUACAGAACAAAGAAAACAAUAAUUCCAAAGACAGCCCUGGCAGGCAAUGCUCUUGGGAUAAGUCAGAGUCUCCCCAGAGAAGUGGCAUGGACAAUGGAUCUCCCACAGCUCUAUCAGUCAGCAAAACCAACAGCCCACGGAACAGCGUUCACAAGCUGGAGGUCUCUAGGAGCCCCCCUCUCAUGGUCAAAAAGAACCCAGCCUUUAAUAAGGGCAGUGGGAUAGUCACCAAUGGAUCCUUCAGCAGCAGUAAUGCAGAAGGUCUUGAGAAAACCCAAACCACCCCCAACGGGAGUUUACAGGCCAGAAGGACCUCUUCGCUGAAGGGGUCUGGUACCAAGAUGGGCACCCACAGUGUGCAGAAUGGAACAGUGCGCAUGGGCAUUUUGAACACCGACACCCUUGGGAACCCCAUGAAUGGUCGCGGCAUGAGCUGGCUGCCCAACGGCUAUGUGACCUUGAGGGAUAACAAGCAGAAAGAGCAAGGAGGAGAGUCAGGCCAGCACAACAGGCUCUCUACCUAUGACAACGUCCAUCAACAGUUCUCCAUGAUGAACCUCGAUGACAAACAGAGUGUUGACAGUGCCACUUGGUCCACUUCUUCUUGUGAAAUCUCCCUCCCUGAGAACUCCAAUUCCUGUCGCUCCUCCACCACUACCUGCCCAGAACAAGACUUUUACAGUGGGAACUUUGAGGACCCUGUUUUAGAUGGUCCCCCACAGGACGAUCUUUCCCACCCUGGAGACUAUGAAAACAAAAGUGACCGGAGGAGUGUGGGAGGUCGAAGUAGUCGUGCCACCAGCAGCAGUGACAACAGUGAGACAUUUGUUGGUAACAACACCAGCAGCCACAGUGCACUGCACAGUUUAGUUUCAAGCCUGAAACAGGAAAUGACCAAACAGAAGAUAGAGUAUGAGUCCAGGAUAAAGAGCUUAGAACAGCGAAACUUGACUUUGGAAACAGAAAUGAUGAGCCUACAUGAUGAACUGGAUCAAGAAAGGAAAAAGUUCACAAUGAUAGAAAUCAAAAUGCGAAAUGCUGAGCGAGCAAAAGAAGAUGCAGAGAAAAGAAAUGACAUGCUACAGAAAGAAAUGGAGCAGUUUUUUUCCACGUUUGGAGAGCUGACAGUGGAACCCAGGAGAAGCGAGAGAGGAAACACCAUAUGGAUCCAGUGAACCUGGUUUCUCCCGCUCUCUCCAAUGGCUGUGGGAAGGACUCUGGGGAUUCUGGUGGGAUAGUAUAUGGGAACAGGUGGCUGGUCACCUGACUGUACAAUGCUCUAACUGGUGAAGGAAUAUUAUUUACAAACAUUAACCAUCCACAUUUGCAAUGUGUACCAAAGUUCUGUCAUGCCCCAUAAUGCUACUGUCAAGUAUUACAACUGGAUAUGUGUAUAUAGAGUAGUUUUUAAAAAGUAAACUAAAAAUGAGAAGCAUAUCUCAAGAAUUAUUUUAUUGCAAGUCUUGUAUUUAAACUGUUAAAUCAAUAAGUUGUUGCAAUUUAGCUUGCUUUCAAGCUUCACCCCUUGCACUUAACAUAAGCUAUUUUUGGCAUUGUGUUAUCAUCCGCUUAUUUUAUAGAUCAAUAUUUUUAUUUCCCCUUUUGCUGAGGAAAUGAAGAUAAGCAGAAAUAUAAAUAUAUAUGAAUAUAUAUAUAUAUAAUAUGAGUUAUUAAAAUCAAAAGAAUACUUUGUGGCUGUGCUGUUUGUGCCAAUAGACCUUGCCCAUGACCAAAAAGAGAAAUGUACAUAGUUUUAUAAGAUAUGGUAGAAUCACCAGGGACCUUUGAGCUGCUCUUUAAAUUCUUCCCUUGGCACUGCUCAGUUUUCCUUGUGAGAGGAUUUGAUACAGGAAACUGGGGGCUCUGUAAAUGCUGUCCCCUCAUCUGCUUGCCAGGAGAUGCAUACCUCCUAUGCAGGCUACACCUUAGAGGGAAUUAUUAAAAAAAAAAAAAAAAAAAAGGUAAAGAAAAG